AUGAGAAAACGCAGACAAGAGCGUAAGCGCAAGGGCUUGGUCAUAGCGCUCAACACGUAUGCCAAGCGAAACAACAUUCAGCUCUCUGAGUUGGAAUUUGUGGAAGAGAAAGAGAGGAAUCAAGUCGAUGGAUGCGCAGCACUAUAUGUGCACUCCAACUUUCUGGUGAAAGGUUCAGAUGGCAAACAUACUAUGUUCUUUGCUGAGAUGCGACCUGACUGCACACAGGAAGAGGAUGUUGUUCUCUGCACACCUUUGGAAGAAAACAAUUAUGGUCAUUGUUACGGGUGCGAUGAUCGAGCAAAGGAGCUUAGGCAUCCCUCGGGCGGUGGCUACUUGGGUGGACAUAAUGAGAUGAUUUUUCACUUGGAGGAGCUGGACAGUGAUGAUGACUGUUUUAUGUGA